AGUUUCGAUGCCAUUGCCAUUGCCAUGCAAAGCCAAGCCAAGCCCUGCGGCCCCGGCCCGGCCUCCAAGCCCGAAUCCUGUGGCAUUCACUCGGUGGACGAACAAAGCGUUGCAGCAUGCAGGAACGCGCGUGCACAGUACACACACGCCCGUGACCAGUAUGAGGCUGACUACGACAACCUGACCUCGAUCGUCCAGGCAUCCCGCAAUGGUAGAGUAGACACUGACCAUACUGGCUGCGAUGGGCUUUAGCAGAGUCGAAAGAAGAAAAAAGUGUAUAUAUGUCACGACUCCUCCUGCCUUCUGUUGUGCUUAGUCUUCUCCUUUCCUCAUCAUCAUCAUCAAUCAUUCCCUCUCCUUUCAGUCUUUCACUUCUCUCAUAGUGUCUACUCUGGUAGUGGCACUUUUUCCUCUGUCUUUCCUUGCAGUAAUAAUUCAACAACACCAUUCGUUCGGUAAUACCUAAUAAUUGCUCGUUCACUCUUUUUGGACAACACAAUCCUCAAUCUCAACAGACCCUCCAACUCCAUCCACUGUCCUUUCCCCUCCUCCUUAUUUUUAUAUACAUAAUUGUUUAGAGCCGGUCUCUUCUAUCUCCUCUCACCACCCAAUCAUUCAAUAUGCGUUCCAACGAGAUCCUCGCCGCCAUCCUGGCCACCAUCGCUUACCUGGAGACUGCCCAGACGGCUCCCGUUCAGUCUCUCAGCAGCCCCGUCGACGGCAAGUUGGACCUUAGCCUCCCCAUUUUCGACAUCAACCAAGAGCGAUCAGUCGUCACCACCGUCGCUGAGGAUGCUGCCAAGGAGGGUGAGUCCCUUCUCGACAAGGCCAUCGGUGCCGGCGUGACUGGUGCUGCCAGCAGUGCCGGCAGUGGUAUCGGCACUGAGGUUGUCGACGGCGUCAAGAGCCUCGCCAGCAAGAUCGGCCUGAAGCGCGAGGACCAGCCUGCCUAUCACGUCCGUGGCGUGAGCGAUCUCUUCACCAUGCCGCAGGAGCGGUCCGUGGUUGGUACCGUUGCUGAGGACGCCGCCAAGGAGGGCGAGUCGCUCCUCGACAAGGCCAUCGGUGCCGGCGUGACUGGUGCUGCCAGCAGUGCCGGCAGCGGUAUCGGCACUGAGGUUGUCGACGGUGUUAAGAGCCUCGCAAGCAAAAUCGGCCUGAAGCGCGAGGAUCAGCCUGCCUACCACGUUCGCGGUGUGAGCGACCUCUUCACCACCCCUGAGGAGAGGUCGGUGAGCAGCUCUCUGCUCAAGGCUGGCGAGUCUGCCCUCACCGGCGCGGCUGGCAGCAUCGGCAGCGAGAUCGGCACGGGCAUCGUUGACGGUGCCGAGACCCUGUACAGCGACGUCACCUCCAAGCGCGAUGGCCAGCCCUCCCAGCACGUCCGCAGCCUCGGCUCUCUCCUGGGCGACGCCGCCAAGGCUCUGGCUGGCGGUGCGGCCAAGACUGCUGGUGAGGAUGGUCUCUCUGCCAUCGCUAGCGAUAUUGGCCUGAAGCGCGACGAUCAGCCUUCGCACUAUGUCCGUGGCAUCGGCUCCCUUCUGGGUGAUGCUGCCAAGGCCCUGGCUGGCGGUGCGGCCAAGACUGCUGGCGAGGAUGGCCUCUCUGCCAUCGCCAGCGACAUUGGCCUGAAGCGUGACGACCAGCCCUCUCAUUACGUCCGUAGUGUCGGCUCUCUGCUGGGCGAUGCUGCCAAGUCCCUUGCUGGUGGUGCUGCCAAGACCGUCGGCGAGGACGCCCUCUCUGGUGUCUGGGAUGAUGUCAAGAGUGCCGCCAGCGGUGCUGGCAUCGACCUGCGCGAUGUGACCGAGACCUACGACGCCCCUGUGGCUAAGCGCACCGGCUUCUGGUCCGACGUCGAGAGCGUCGGCGAGAGUGUGCUCCCCAAGGUCGCCUCCUGGGGCCUUGAUGCCCUCGACGCCGCCGAGAAGCGCAGCACCGAGACCGUCGAUGCGCCCCUCGCCGCCCGCUCUGGCAUUGUCAGCGAGGUUGAGGGUGUUGCCGGCAAGGUCCUGCCAUGGGCCCUGGAUGCCUUUGAGGACCUCAAGCGCAGCGAGACCGUGGAUGCUCCUCUGGCUGCCCGCUCUGGUAUCGUCAGCGAUAUUGAGGGUGUUGCCGGCAAGGUCCUGCCCUGGGCCCUGGAUGCCUUUGAGGACCUGAAGCGCAGCGAGACCGUGGAUGCUCCUCUGGCUGCCCGCUCUGGUAUCGUCAGCGAUAUUGAGGGUGUUGCCGAGAAUGCUCUGCCCAAGGUUGCCUCCUGGGCGGCGAGUGCCCUCGAGGACCUGAAGCGCAGCGAGACCCGCGAUGCUCCUCUCGCCCAGCGCUCCUCCGAGGUCCUGCACGACAUUGAGACCGUCGGCGGCACUGCCCUGAAGGUCCUCGGUGGUCUGUUUGAGGAUGAGUAGAUCGAUUGAUGCUUUCUUACUCGCCGCUCAACAACAACAAAGCUAAAUACAAAAGAAACCAAAACGAAAAAAAAAAGGAAGGAAGGAAGAGAAAGAGACGACAAGUUCAUACCAUGGAGUUGGUUGGAGGGGCAAAAUGUUGAGACGACAUGAAUUAAUGAUAGUUUCCUUACGAAUGUUUAACAAGGACUAGACGGGGAAGGAACAACCGGUACUGCAUCUGAGGGCAUUGGGAAGGCGCGAAGGGUGUUGGGUAGUGCUGGGCGAUGAUGAUCAGGAGACUCUGACUUGGUGCCGAUGAGAGGAGCAGGCCCUCCUCGGACCAGGGUAUCUAGAUUCGUACUUCCUCCUUGUCGCCUUCUAUUCUGGAUGGUCUGCAAGCGAGUGUCACUCUUUUUUAGAUCGAAUACACUGUCCACGAUUUGGAUCUCCUCU